CAAUUAGCCUCAUCUACACACACUCCCAUCACUCCAAUUAACCAAAGCUAAUUAAGCUAGCUCAAGCUCUAAUCCACAUUUAGCUAGAAUGGCGCCGUCCAAGUCCACAGCCGCCGCCGGCGUCCUCCUCGUCCUGCUCGUCGCGGCGGCGGGCGGCGGCGCAGAGGCGGCGGCGACGACGUGCGUGGCGUCGCUGCUGGAGCUGAGCCCGUGCCUGCCGUUCUUCAAGGACAAGGCGGCGACGGCGGCGCCGGAGGGGUGCUGCGCGGGGCUGUCGUCCAUCGUGAAGGGGGAGGCGGUGUGCCUGUGCCACAUCGUGAACCACACCCUGGAGCGCGCCAUCGGCGUCGACAUCCCCGUCGACCGCGCCUUCGCCCUCCUCCGCGACGUCUGCCGCCUCUCGCCGCCGGCGGACAUCAUCUCCACCUGCGCCAACGAGAAAGGUGGUGUGCCGCCUCUCUACUCUUGCCCGGCUCCAUCUGCCUGAGUAUAUAUGAGAAAAGAAUAAAUGUUACCAAAGGAGGGAUUUCAACAUAUCUAAAAGUCAAGAUGGAGUAACUUUGGUAUACAAGACCAACAUAUAUAUCACGUUGUUAAAGGACAAGUAGAUAUUGGAUUAUUGGCAUAUACUGAUAUAUCCAUGCUAAUAUUAGUAUAUGUAUAUUCUGCAACAUGCAUGGACAUACACAUUGUCAAAUGAAGUACUAAGUAACACGGAACGUGUACUAGCUCGUGCUACUGUCGUGCUAUGCGCUGUCAAUAGAAAUAAAAUAUUUUACAUUGUGGUAUUAAGCAUUAAA